CUACUCACAGUAACCACACCACACUAUUAACAGAACUUACGUUACGUCUGUCGUCGAUCUUGGGCCCCUUAGAAAUCUUUGAUUUAUUCCAAACCUCCAAACUCUGUUGGAAUUGUAGGAGAUUGGUUUCCCUUUCCUGUAUUUGGGCAGAGUUGAAGAUGACGGAGGAGAGAUCGGCAGCGGCAACACCCAUACCCUCCCUCUCAUCUGCAUCUCUGCGAUGGCGUAUUCUCCGUCAAUCUCUUCUUCCUCGAUUAAAACCAGAUUUUGCAGACAUUUUAUCUCAAGAACAAACAAAACAAAUUUCAAGGAAGCCAGCUGGUGGGUUUGGUUUGAUUUCAAACUGCUUGGUUGAACCUAAGCAAGAAGACUAUACGGGGGCUACUGUGGGUCCACUAUUAUCAACUGGGAAAAAAGAUAUGCUUGUUGAAUACACCUUACCAUCAUGCAGAGCUGUUACUAUUAUGUUGCAACAGAGACGGGAAAAUUCUGUUGAUCUCAAAGAUUUUGAGAUUUCUAAAAAACAAGAAAUUGACAACACAGGGAUUGUUUGUCUUUGGCCAUCUGAGGAAGUGAUGACAUAUUUUUGCAUAUUGAAUGGUGACAUGUUCAGAAAUAAGAGAGUUCUGGAGCUUGGUUCGGGAUAUGGUUUAGCUGGGCUGUCCAUUGCAGCAUGUACAGACGCAACUGAAGUAUUAAUAACUGAUGGAAAUCCUCAAGUUGUCGAUUAUAUUCAGAAUAAUAUCACUGCCAAUGCUGUAUCCUUUGGUGCCACAAAAGUAACUUCUUUGUUAUUGCAUUGGAGCCAAGGCAAGGUUUGUCACUUGGGACAGACGUUCGAUUUCAUUCUUGCAGCUGAUUGCACAUUUUUUGAGGAAUUUCAUCUAGGACUUGCACUUACUUUAAAGAGCCUAUUAAGAUUGUCAAAGACUUCAAGAGCUAUUUUCUUUAGCCCAAGACGAGGCAAAUCUCUGGAUUUAUUUCUGCAGGUUGUUAGAAACUUAGACUUACAUGUCAAGGUCGUUGAAAAUUAUAACAACCGUAUAUGGGAACUACAGAAUGAAUUUAUGGAACAAGAGAAUUCCAGUUGGCCCAACUAUGAUAAGGAGCAUUGCUAUCCUUUGUUGAUAAUAAUAUCAUUGGAAUCAGAAUUCUUAUGCUUGAGCCUAUCAAGCUGAAUGCUAAAGAAUGAAUUGACACAUACCAUGUUUUAUCUAUUAGAAUUCUUUUAAAUUUCUAAUGCUACCGGGAAAGCCCAAAAUGCACAUUCUUGAUAAAUUUAUAAUAAAUAAAAUGUUAAUUUCAGAUAA